UUUUUUUUUUUUUACUAUAAUUUCUUUUAAGUUAAUAGCGUUUUUUUUUUUAUUAGAGUAUAAGUUUUCGUCUAAGUGUGUUAUUUAAGAUAUUUAUUAAUUUUCAUGCCCCCACAUUAUAGUUCAACUGAGAUCCAUUCUAAACAAAAUUUUGCAAAAGAAAGCAAAUAUAACCAUAAAUGUAUAGAUAUAAUGUCACCUUGUCGUUCCCCUUCAACAUCAAGUACAAAAUCUUCUUGCCAUUCACCAUCUGAAAAGACGACACCUGAGGUCGUCGCAACAAACCCUUUCUUUUCUAAUGAAGUUUUAAUUUCUUUCUUUCAAUUGUCAUGUCAAGUUUUCACACGUGGUUAUUCACUUUCUAAUAUAGUUGCGCGAACCGAUGAACAAUACAACUUACUAACAUUUCUUCAUCAAAUAAUGACAACCCCCGUUUUUGAAGCGUUGCCUUUUCUUUAUAUUUAUGGGCCUCCAGGAACGGGUAAAACAACAACAGUCAUGCAUACACUCUCUUUAUUAAAGGAGUCAUCCGAUGUUUCCGAAUUUUUAGAUGAGAAAUGGAUGGCAUCUUCUUGUUACAUUAAUGCUGCUAUGUUAGGAAGCUAUGAAGAAUUUCUCGUAGCAUUUUCUAAAAUCGUAUCACCCACAAUAACAAAAGAAACUGUUUACAAACUAGCAAAAGAAACAGUCUUGUUGGAUGUGGAACAAACAUUACUUUCAAUUAUUCAAUUAGGACAGCCUCGCGUCACGCGUUCAAGUAAAAAGUCUCCGUUUAAAAAAACUAUUAUUGUUUUAGACGAAUUUGAUCAAUUAACCGCCUUGUUGAAUAAAAAAAGUCAAAGUGGUAAAGUGAAGACUAAUUCAAAUGUUAUGAUGGUUUUCAAAAAAAUAUGUCAUCUUUUAUUACGUUCGGAAAUCAAUCAACGAAUCGUUAUCAUUGGGGUAUCGAAUGCCCAUGCUUACGCAUCAUUAUCAACUCUUCUUACGGACAAGACAUCUUCCCCUCUACAACUUCAUACUAUCGUCUUUAAACCUUAUACAGUUGAAAAUAUGCGGGAUAUUAUUCUCCAUCGCUUGGAAACGGCGAAGACGCACAUGCAAACACAACUUGAAUCAAAUGAUCCCAUUACUAUGAAAUUAUUACGUAAAGAUUUCCAAGAGCACUCACCUCUCACAGGUUCGGAAAUUUCAUUCAUUACACAAAAACUAGCCGCCCAGUCAGGAGAUUGCCGGAAACUUCUUGAUGUUUGUAGAGCUCUUGUUACCAAAAAGUUACAUCUUUUAGAAGAACAAGUGUUUAAAGUUAAGUCAGGGUCAGCCGACGAAGAGUCAACGUUAGAGUGUUUGAAAUCCCCUGAGAAGAAAAUACGCAGUGUAGGAUACGAGUCUACCAGCAUAUGUAACUCUUCGUCUUACCAUUUAAAUGAAUUGACUGAUAAAAUACAACACUUCAAUUUUAAAGACGACAUUGGACUUAAUUCGUGUGAAAAAUCCGAAAGAAACUGUCUUAAUAUUAUUUCAUGUAUUCCAUUACAUCAGCAAAUUUUAGUUUGUGCAAUUUGUUACACGUUUCGACAAAAAACCACAAAACAACCUCAUGAAACUUCAAACUCGGACGUCGAACUUACCUUAAAAGAUGUGCAGAUGUUUUAUAAACAGUUAUGUGUAACGCAUGAGCUACCGAUUGUCUUUAAAGAUGUACGUCAAUUAUAUAAUGAUGGCAUGUCAGUUUUGCAAGACCGAGGUCUUAUUUUAUUUUCACGUCAAUCAGCGGAUGCCAAAAGAAAUACCAAUAAAGCUAACAGCAGCACGAUGCGCUCAAAGCUUUCGGUAAACACCACAAACGUUCCAUCUCAAAGUAUGGGAUUAUGGACGUUACAAUUAUGUUUUUCUGAGUCUAUUUUAAGUUCGUCCCUUUCUGCUCAUAAUGAAAUUUUCAAAAAUUUAAUACAAAAUCCCGCUCCAAUAUUGUGUAGUAAUUAAAUGUUUUUUUUUUUCUUUUUCCUUCCUUACGUUAAGUUAAAGAUGUUUUUUUAAUAAAUUCUUUUCAUUUACCAAAUGCUUAAAUUUUUAAAAACUUUU